ACUGUGAACUCAUAAAUCGCAGGAGGGUUUCGACGGUAUAUAGAGUUCACCGUCUCCAUUGAGACCAGCUUCUGAUGGAGAACGUCAUGGACAGUCAGCCGAAUACUCCGGUCAUGAUGGAACGGAAUCUGGAUGAUCUUACAGCCAAGUUGAUCACGCAGUGGAACUGGAGGGACGGCAACAGUCCGUCGUUCCUAAGUGGACAGCGGACCCUACAUUGUUCUUCGUCGUCACCGGAAUCAUUGCCUGAUUCAAUGUGUUCUUCUCCGGAGAUGCCUGGGAAUGCAAGUGGGUGCCAAGCUUUCGGCAGUUUCUCCUAUACGCUGUCAGGACACAGUCCAACUCAACGCACGCCACAGAAAACAUCCAAAUCCAGGAUGUCGACAAAAAGGCGCGUCAAGGCAAGUGAAAGGGAGAAGAUGCGAAUGAGAAGUUUGGCAGAAGCUUUGCAUCACCUCCGUGACUAUCUGCCACCUGACUACAGCCGUAGAGGUCAGCCGCUAACUAAAAUCCAGACCCUGAAAUACACUAUUGAAUACAUAAAAGAACUUUCAGACACUCUCAACGAUUCGUAA